GCUCGGUGCGGGAGGGAAGCGGCCUCCAACAUGGAGCUGAGAGCGAGGGACGGGAGGGGCGAGCGUCGGGGUGAUGGGGGCUCGGGGGGAGCUGCCCUGCGCGGCUCCGGGAACGGGCGUCCGUGUCCGCCCUGCUCCGCGGCUGUUGGCUCGCUUCUCGCAUUUUUAUUUGUUGUGUCUUUUAUUUAACGAGGUAAACUGGGAUAAGGGGCUGUGCUGGGGUUGUAGGGCGACGUUACAAACGGAAGAGAAACCACGAAGGCCAGCGUGCGGGCAGGGAGCGGAGAGCAACCUGAGGCGUGCCGAGGAUGACAGGAUCCCGUAGUACUUUUGGAGCCCACCCACCCGUCAGGAAAGAAAAUCCUCGGCAUUGUGUGUCUCUCCUUAGAACGGAGGCGGUUGUUUUGGAGCUCCAAGUAUGCAGCGGCGAUACUUAUCUAGUAGGAAUUUGGCUUCUGUUAAAAUGAGCCUUUUAAAUUAAGAUGUGUUUAUCCACGUCCUGUGCUGUGGCUGUGCAGUCGCUGCCCGGGGUCGCAGGGCCCACAGUGUGGUGCCUCUGAGCUCUGAGGGAGGGCUGCUCUCAUGGCCUGUAUGUGGGGCAGGGUGCGGGACAGAGGUUAGGCAGCGCUUCCCUGUGCAAGUGCUGUUUGCUGCUCUGUGAGACUCACUAAACAUUCACAGCCUUCCUCCGACACGGAGGAAGGUUUGGGGCUCCUCAGCUGAUGCAGACAGUGGUGGAGGUGGAUGUGGAUGUGGCUGGCGCUCACAGUAAUGGCGUUCUGUCUCAUUACUGGCCUGGUUCUGCCUGGUGACUGUUGUGGCUGUUUGGGAAUUCACGGUAAGGAUGAACGAAAGUAGAUACCGUCCAUACGGUUGGACAGAUGCGAGCUUAAGUAUAAUUACAGAGUGAUGUACGCUCACUUCAGUGGAGACGGCUGGCAUACCAGACUUGUUAACUCAGGUCCAAACUUCUUAAGUGUUUCCUUGUUUUUGUUGCAGUGAAGCUAGAGUUUUCUCCCAAGCUUUCAAAACCACAAAACGUGUAUUGAGUGACACCGAUAAGCUGCCCAGGGGGCCCACCCACCCAAUGCUACAGGCUAUCUGCUGACCCAGGGCAGACAAGGAGCUGCCUGGGCAGUGCUGGAGUGGCUUACUGAGCUGCUUGCAGGAAUGCUUUCUGCUGGUGUCGGUGUACUGUAGAACCACAGAAUGGCCUAAGUUGGAAGGGACCUUAAAUCCCAUCCAGUUCCAACUCUCUGCCGUGGGCAGGGCUGCCACCCAUCAAUUCAGGCUGCCCGGGGUCCCAUCCAGCCCAGCCUUGAACGCCUCCGGGGAUGGGGCAUCCAUGGCUUCUCUGGGCAGCCUCUGCCAGUGCCUUGCCACGUCUAAUCUAAAUCUCCCCUUCUUUAGUUUAAAGCCGUUCCCUUUUGUCCUGUCAUUAUCUGCCUGUGAAAAAGUUGGCCUCCCUCCUGUUUAUAAGCUCCCUUCAAGUACCGGAAGGCUGCAGUGAUGUCUCCCUGAAGCUUUCUCCAGGCUGAACAAGCCCAGCUCCCUCAGCCUUUCUUUGCAGAGAAGAGGCGGUGUAAGCCAGGUGUUCUGAUGUGCCAGGGGAGAUGUAAGCAAGAGGUGCUAGAGGCCAGGAGGGGUGGGUUCGAUGUCCCGCUGGGCAGCAUGGCUGGCUGUCUUUGGGUAACAAAACUGGAGCAGACGUUGUUAAUGUGUGCACAUUUUUGGUUUUUCUGUGUGUCACGCUGUUGUGUUAGGCUGGAAGCGUGUGUGCCUCUGCAGCUGUGUGGAUUAACACUUAAUGAUCUCAUCUUGUGAAAUGCAGAUAGUGGUGAACCACUGUUGAAGUCGUGGCAUUGGGUAGAGGUUCAGGCUUCAAUUUAUAAACAAAUUUUGAGGAGAAGUUUUCUGAAUAGUGGUUUAUUUUAGGUGAAUGACAGGACUCUUUCUAGUCACUCUCACCGCUUCCCCAGCAUCAGCAGGGCUUGGUUGGUGAGGAUGUGGUGUUUGUGUGGGUCGUUCAUAGGAGAAUGAGAGAGACAGACGUUUUAAAAGUAGAAAAUAUUUAUUAAAAACGAUGAGACCGGUGGCAUGACAAAUGCCUGAAAUUAGUUAAAGUCCCGUAAGGGACAGCGGAGUUCGUGCUAAUUUAAAAAUAAAAGCUGUCCUUCCCCCUCAAAACUGAAAGGGCUAGCAUGCUAAUAUUGCUUGGUUUUGUCAUGUUUCAGCACAAGCAAACUCUCCUAUUUUUUCCAGAAGUUCCGACGUCUGGGUCCCUCUGUGUGGUGUGGGACUGAGAAGCCUAAGUGGGUUAAAGGCUUUUGAAAAUGAGACCGAGGUGUAUCCCCUGGCUCAGAGGAGAGAGCUAGCGCAGCUUACACUGAGCCGCGCUAAUUGGCCAUGCAUGUUCUUCUUCACUUGCAGCAAGCCUGUGCUAAAGCUAUUAACCUGAAAGGCUUUAAGGCACGGAUAAGCAAAUCUGUGCUGGAUUUUUACUUCCACGUUUGAAAAUCAGAUGUAUAUACAAUGUGGGGGGGGGGGGAGAAAAAUAGCAUUUUUGGAUCAGAAGAAAAGUUGGGGGUUUUCUGGUGUUCCCCACACGUUCUGCCCACCUCCUCCCCCCCACCCCACUCCGUUGCCAUUGCAGUGCUCCCCUGCAAAGUGAAUUAGUUUUCUCCUUUCUCUCCCGGUUGUGCAAGUUACCAUUACCGAGAGACAUGCACGUACUGUGCCAGGUGCACCCUGCGUCUGUAUUAAUAAUGAUAUCUUUUUUUCUUUUCGUAGGGUCAGAGUUCAGUACGCUAAGUCGCUUCUGGAAAACUUUUACUGCAUGCUAAGAUUAUUCCUAAGUGUUAGUUUAAAAAUAAACCUUCUCUGCAAUUAAACAUUAAAAUACCACGUCUAGGUGCUUUGCUGUACAUCUUUGCUUCAUUUUUGGGGCAGGUGGGAACAGGAAAAAACUGGAACAGAAGGAGAAAAUGAUCUUCCCCUCAAGUCUUCUUGAAGCAGAAGACAUCCUUGACCAAUUGGUACAGGAGAGAGUGGCAAAAGCACCUUUAUCAAGCAGAUGAGAAUCAUUCAUGGAUCAGGUUAUUCCGAUGAAGACAAAAGGGGCUUUACAAAACUGGUGUACCAGAAUAUAUUUACAGCAAUGCAGGCCAUGAUCAGAGCCAUGGAUACUCUCAAAAUUCCAUACAAGUAUGAACAUAAUAAGGCUCAUGCUCAGUUAGUGCGGGAAGUCGAUGUUGAGAAGGUGUCAACUUUUGAGAACCCGUAUGUAGAUGCAAUAAGAAGCUUAUGGAAUGACCCAGGAAUUCAGGAAUGUUAUGACCGACGACGGGAGUAUCAGUUAUCAGAUUCAACUAAAUACUAUCUUAAUGACUUGGACCGCAUAGCAGAUUCCACCUAUCUGCCAACUCAGCAAGAUGUGCUUAGAGUUCGAGUUCCAACAACAGGAAUCAUUGAAUAUCCGUUUGACUUACAAAGCGUCAUUUUCAGAAUGGUGGAUGUAGGAGGCCAACGAUCAGAAAGAAGAAAAUGGAUACACUGCUUUGAAAAUGUCACAUCUAUCAUGUUCCUAGUAGCUCUUAGUGAAUAUGAUCAAGUGCUUGUGGAAUCAGACAAUGAGAAUCGAAUGGAAGAGAGCAAGGCACUCUUUAGAACAAUUAUCACAUAUCCGUGGUUCCAGAACUCUUCAGUCAUUCUGUUCUUAAAUAAAAAGGAUCUCUUAGAGGAGAAAAUUAUGUACUCCCAUCUAGUUGAUUAUUUUCCGGAGUAUGAUGGACCGCAGCGGGAUGCACAGGCGGCCCGAGAAUUCAUCCUGAAGAUGUUCGUAGACCUGAAUCCAGACAGUGACAAAAUUAUCUACUCCCACUUCACGUGCGCUACAGACACAGAGAAUAUCCGCUUCGUCUUUGCUGCUGUCAAGGACACAAUCCUACAGUUAAACCUGAAGGAGUACAACCUGGUCUAACUGUGCCUAGGAGGCCCUCCAGAACCAACUUUGUGUGAUUGAAGAUAUACAGGAGGGACUGUAUUAUCUGUGAAAACAAUUUGCAUAAUACUAAUUUAUUGCCGGCCUGGACUCUGUGAAUCUCCACAGAGUUUGUAGUUAAUAUUAUGAUUUUAUUUAAACUACAUGGAGGAAAACCAAAAGCUGCUGAAGUACAUUCACAGCACAUUUCCUCAUUUUUUAGGCAAAACCUUGUGACUCAAUGUAUUUGAAAUUCUCAGUCAUACACUUAUAAAGGAUAGCAGAUUUCUGCUAUCAGAGCAGAAUCAAGCUUGUUUCCUGUUUCCCUAACCCUUUCUCUUUCCCUCCUUCCUCUUUUCCCUUAUCUUUUUAAAGGUACAAUGGCCUUUUUUUCCCAGUUCCAUUCCUGAGUAAAAACACUUUCUGUUGACUAAUUCGGUCAGGAAAAUACUGUCACCAGAAUUGAAUUCAUCAGAUCAUUUUAACUUUAAAGUAUGUACUUCUCUGAAGGAUCAAAAGUAUUGAUACUGUGAUUUUUAAAUUCUUGACAUGAGUGUUUUCAUUCUGUCUUCUCUUUUGCAACUAGAAUAUUGAGAUUACAAAAUAGAAUUACAGUUUUGUAUGAAUACUAAAUUAUUUUCAUUGUUUGAAAAGCUGCAUUGAAGACAGUAAUGAAAUAAUUAAAACACAACCUAGGAUGUACAUUGAAUAUGAUAGAAUCUCUUUUAAAUUGCCAUGUGCCAUUUUUUUCUCUCUUCUUUUAUUCACAAAUGCCAAACGGAAAUGCCGUAGACACUACAUUUUCCCCAGUAGCUACAGCCUGAAACAGUGUUCUUUUUUCUUUCUUUAGUUGUGUGGGUUUUUUUUCUUAAGUUAGAGCUCUUUUUAAGCAUAGGUUUUGUUUUGUCAUUGUUUUUUUUUUCCACAGUAGAAAAGCGAUUUUUAUUGUAUCAAAAUAAUGUUGCCAAAUCUGGCUUUUUAUAAAAUGAAUACUCUUGAAACAUAAGAUACUGAUUGAAAUGCCAAACUGAUGAGUUGGGAACUGACCUGAUUGAGUCAACUGCCAAAUGGUAAACAAACAACAUCAGCUCCUAUGUUCCCUUUAUCAGAAAGUGUUCGAUUUUCAAAUACCAAAAACAACAGUGUGCGUGAAGGUGCUACAAGGUGCACCACGCACAUGCAUAUGGUCUGCUAUUUACAGACAGUUCAAGUCUCUCCUUAUGUCAGAUAUGGCAUGAGAUUGUUUUCUGUGAUAAAAACAAGGCACAUUUAGUUGUACAACAAAAAAAUAUUGAUGGGGGAUCACAUACAGGAACCUUUCUUGAUAAGGUUGCUUGUUAACUCAUUCACAGACAUUUGAUAGGCUUUCAUGCAAAAUAGCCUCUCUCAAUGUUCUUUAGAAAAGAUGUAGUAAUGUAAAUGAUACAGUGAAAAAAAUCAUUCUUGAAAUUUUAACGUGCAAUUUUUUUAACAACAAAAACGCAGCACACAUUGAUGAGCCUUUAUUCUGCAGCUUAGGUUGAAAGGUGUUUUUUGACCAGGUGCAUGAUUGCUAGCAAGCUACAGAAGACUCAGAGAUCAGGCAUGUAAUUAGACUGAUUAUCUGCAUUGCCAAGUAGCACUAGAAUGCACUUAACAGAGAAAUUGCUGCCUCGUAGCAGCAGGUGGGAGGUGGAAAAAAGAAUGGCUUAUUAAUUGAUUACCAAAGUUAACAAUAAAUACUAAUGAGACGUUUUUCAUCCUUAACCCUCCCAAGUCCAAAACAACAAUAAUAAGAACAGUUACUAUUUUUUGGUCCCUCAUGAAACACCUUGUAAUUUAAAACUGGUUGUAGGUAUAGUGCAAUUAUGAAUGCUAUAAUCAUUGUACAUACAUCUAUAUAUAUAUAUGGCAGCAUCCAUAUUGGCUUUGUAAUCAUUAAUUUUUGGCAAAUUGAAUGUGCUGUAUUGAUAUGUAUCUAUGUAAUUGUAUUGUAUGUCUUAUAGCUAAUUCACAUUUUAAAUAAUGUUAUUUUAUUUACUUUUUUUAAGAGAGAAGAAUGUAAAUUUUGUCAGUUUAUUUCUGACUAGGGAUUUGUUGUUGUUUUUUAUUUACAAAACAGAGAAAUUACUAUAGUACAGAGCGGUACUAGCAUCGUGCUGUAUAAAAUCAUUUGCACAUUCCUGAGUAGAAGUAAAUUGGAGACACCCAGACAGAGGCCAUUCGCAUCUGAAUUUGCUUAAAGCUUGUCAGGGCUUUGUCCAGAUGUGACAGAAUUUUGUGAGCAGAACAUAAACUGUUAGAUCUGGGAUUGGAACAUGAGCUCUUUAUAUUUGACAGAUUUGCAUUAGGUUACUUUUACCUUUCUGAGAACCCUUUACUAGAAAAGUGAAUAUAGAGAUGAUUCAAGCAAUUGCACAUAAAUACUUGUGGGUAUAUGCUGUUUCCCUAGGAAAACAAAAACAAAAACAAAAAACCCAAAAAAUUAUCCGGAGCAUCAAAUGAAUUAAACAGUAUUGUAGAAAUUCCAGAAACUUUAGAUAACAACAACCAAAAAGUCAUUUUGCUGUUGUUAACAACUGUAAGAUGUUAAAAGCUUUUCGUUUAAUAAAGCAAAAGUGGAUGGAUGUAGGUUGUAAAAAGUGACACUGACAUUCUAAAUAGGUGAUCAAAGCAGCUAGUGUAAUAUAUGCCAUUACAGAAUUGGUCCUGGUAUUGCUAUAAAUGCAACAGAGCUUCUUGUUUUACAAUUCCACAGUUGAUAAUGCAUUGGGAAUGCAUUGGCCGUGCUGGACGUAGUGAUAUAAAUAUAGCUGUGUCCAGAGAGAGGAAAAAUUAAAAAAGCCAGUGGUGUCUAACUGAGGCUUGAUUUGGUGGGUUUUUGUUUUAUUUUGAUUCUUGUUGUGGAAUAUUAAGUCUGGGAGAAGCACGUGUUGUUUUAAGUUUUGUAUAAAAGCAAAACAGAAGUUUACUCAUGCUUUGUAGUUAUAUUGUGAUUGCAGAAGUUAUAAAGAGUGUGUGCCACUGGUCUUCUUCUGGUGUAUUUUAAGUAAGUUGAACCUGUGGCAAUGUUUAGAUCAUUUGAGCAUGUUCUGAAAAAAAAAAAAAAAAGAAAAGAAAAAAAAAAUAGUCAGCAUGCCAAGGCAGGCUUUACACAAAUCACCUAACACAGCAUUGCAGUGUGACAGUUUACAAAAACAUUUCCUUUUUAAAUGACACAGCUGUUCCCACUUGCAAUAUACUGUUGUUGUUGUUAUUGUGGUGUUGUCGUUGCUGUUGUUUUAACUGGUGAUUUCUACUAUGCCUUAUAGUACUUGAGUCCAGAAGUUUGUGCCUCUAACGUGAAGCUGAAGGCAAAAAUAAGACAGAAGCCCUUUUAACUUUGCCAAAAUUAUGUGAUUUCUUUGAAUGUCACGAAUGGGUGAGGAGGGAAGGAAAACGUCUUGGUAACCUGUGUAUUCUAGAUGUUCGCUAGCACAAGAAAGCUGUAACGUGUGUUUUACAGAAACCUUAAACUUGCCUUUUUCACUAAUUAUCUGUCACUGUCCUUGCAUAUGUAGGAUGAUGCAGCUAUAAGGGCAGUUUACUUUUUAUAAUUAUGACUCUUUUGAUUGUCAAAGUGUAUGAACUGUAAUUUUUAAUCAUACUGCCACAUGAUUGUGAAUCGGUUUUUUUAGUUUGAAAGUGGAGGAGACUUUUUAUGCUGGAUAUCAGUCAGAAUUGACUGUACGAGUUGCAAAAACUUAAAUGGGGGGAAAAGGGCUGCAUAUAAAGACGUUGCUAGGCUCCCAGCCUUUGGUUGUAAGUGUCAAAAGACUUUCAGAUUGCUCAACCUAAGGACCCUCUCCUUGUUACACAUUCUUCACAAAAGAAUGACAUAUUAGGAGAAAAUGAGACAUGUUAACCCAGAUGAAAAAAUAAAAUUUACCCAAAUUAUUUAUUAUAUGUGCUGCUGUUCUUGAAGCUCUGUGCAUGGUUAUCCUGCAUACUGUAAACUAAUGAAGUGUGCACAGCACAUUAACAAGGCCUACAAAUGACCUACCUCUAGCUAAGAGACCAGUAAAAUAAAUAUGUUUAGAAGAGACCAUCUGAAGAUAGGAAGCUAAAAUGGACAUGAUUUAUGUAGUCAACUACUGUAAUUUAGAAAUUCACGCUUUUGUAAAUACAGUCCCUCUUUUGACAUAAACCAUACAUUCUAAAAUUUAGUAUGCAUUAAACAACUAAAGCCAUCUGUCCUUGUCUAUUUUGUUAGUUUAGUAGAGGUCUUGCAAAACUGUAUGUUUUGUGUUGAGGAGUUACUGAUAUUUCCUCUUUCUUGUCUUAUAUUUACCCAUAACACUUUGAGUUGUAUCAGUCAAAACAGAAACAUUUCCAUGUAAUCAAUAAUCCAGUCAUUAUCUAGUUAAGGGGAUAUUGCUGUAAGUUUCACUCAAGCUUUUUCACAGUAGCCAUGCUGCAGGGAAAAAAAGAAAAAACAAAAAAAGGAAAAAAAGAAAAAAAAAGGAAUGAAGGGGAAUUUUGAAGACAGUGUAAAAAUACAAGAUAAAUCAGAUCAAUCUUACUGUAAAGCUGUGGGUUUGUCUGUUUUUUUCUUGAAAUACAGUCUUAAGCUGAA